UCAUUAGUAAAAUGAAGUGCAAACAUGUAUAGUAAACACAUAUUUGUAUAACUUGUCUCUGCUGAUUGUGAAUCUUCAAUUUGUACUGUUUAUUCACUGGUUGUGCUCCUAUUGCAGCAAAAGCAUAAAUAAAGAAAUUUCAACUUCAAUUAAACGUCCAGAAGAAUAGGAAAGAUACUAUCAUAAGAAAAUCAAGGGCUGCUAUUGCUCAGCUCCUCCAGAAUGGCCACCUAAAGCGAGCAUCAACUAGGGUAUUUCCUUCUGUUUUAUUAGUCAGUCUAAUCUAUAUAAAGCAGAUUUCGAUACCAAAAUGUUGUAAACUCUUGCAAUAGCAAGUGGGUUUUGCAUAAAACAGGCUAAAACUGAUGUAAAUUAUAUCAUAUUGUUCAUGAAAUACAUACUUCUCGGAUCAUCAUAUUUAUAGGUCAAGAAGCUCUAUAAGGACAAGUGCUUAUUGGCUGCAUAUGACCAAAUUGACCAAUUUUGUUGUCGCAUCAUGGAGAGCCUUUCCCAUGUAUGCAAAUUUAGAAACCUGCAAGAGUUGUCAAUUGGUGUUGGUGAAGCAGUGGCAAGUUUGGUAUAUGCUGCCUCAAGAUGUGGUGAGCUACCGGAGCUACAACUGAUGCGAAGCUUAUUCAGAGAUCUAGUUGGUUAUGAGUUUGAAAUUCUUAACGUCGAAUUACUACAUGGGAAUCUUGUGGAUAUUGAUUUAAUUGACAAUCUAUGUAUAAACUCCAUUCCCGAUGGAGAGAUACACAUAUUAAUCAGGGAUAUAGCCAAGGAAUAUUUUCUUCCUGUGGAAAACAACUUCACAAAGCAACACCAGAAUGCAACUUGUGGUGACAACAAUGGAAUUGGGAUACAAGCUUCGAAGUAUGAGACAGCAAGGAAAAUGGCUUAAAUUGUUCAUUUUCAGAUGGUGACCUUAUAGUGACUGGUCCUGAUGACUCAUUCCACAGCAAGAAAACUGCAGCUCAGACAGAGCCAUCAUCAGCCAGGACUUCUUCACAUGGUAUGCCUAAAACUCCUGAAAGCAGUACCAUAUUGAAAAUGAGUAUAGGAAUCAGGAUUAUGGUGAUGAUUUGGACUCAAGGGACAA